GUCCAACAUUUAGCACAUUUAUUUCGUAUUGUUGCAACAAAAUGUUUAAUUUCAUGUGGUUCGAAUAAUAGACGAAAACUAACAACAUAACAUGGAAGUAACUGAUAAUUCCAUUAUUCUCCAAAAUAAUAGCAGCAUAACAGUGGCAGAUUCAGUGUGGAAAUUUAUUAACAGCCCUAUAAUUGCAAUCUUCUCUGACUUAAAAAAUGCAACCGCAGAACAAAUGCUUCGUUCCCUUUUGGAAUCGAUACUUAAAGGUUCAGCAACUUUAAUUACAGUUUUAGUUCCACCAUAUAGUAAUGGAAUUCAAAACGAAACGUUACAAAGUCAAUAUGCUGCUUUUACUACUUGGUUAUUUGGUACAAUGUUUUAUAUAAUUGGAGACCCUCUAAGCAAUGAUAUUUUAAUUAACAGUAUAGAAAUACAAGCCUGUAUGCUUAGAAUAUUAUCCAGACAUCAUGUCACAAUGUUUGAAACUAUUAGCAUUGAGUACAUGAAUAUUCUUCAAGAAAUAUCAGAAUUCUACAAAAUGAAAGAAGAUCAAGAUGAAAUUGUAUUAACUAAAUUUAAAACAGAAAGAAAUAUCAUAGAAAAUUUAGAUCUGCAAGCAUUUCCUGUUACAAUCAAGUAUUCAGAUAUACCGCUAGUACAAGUAUCAAUAUUAAAAAUUGUAACAAAGACAGGAGUCUCGGUCUGGAAUGAGAAAGCAAUUUCAGGCACUAUAUUGAAAACAAUUACUGUAUCUGUUCCAAAUGUAAAGUUUAUGGCAUUAAGUCUUAGCGUAAAAUUAAUGGAAUCUUCCUUAAUUAAUAAACAGGAACUUGAACAUUUAAUUCUUUAUGCCAUUGAGAUUGUUAAAAUAAUUUCUACAUGGGUAGAUUCGAAUGAAGUAUCAGCAAAUGAGUUACAUUCAUUUGUAGAUAUGCUUACUCAAUUUAUUCGAACAUCGCCAGUAUGUCCAAAUUCUAUUGAAUUAUGCUUUCAAGUCAUUGACCUUAUUGUUUAUGAAUUAACACGUUACAAUAAUAAUCCUGAGAGCAUAACGAUACUGAAAGAAGUAGUAUGUAACAAAAUUAAACAGUAUUUUAUAAAGGAACCAAGAAUCUGUAGUUUAUCCGAAGCGAAAAAGUUUAUCUCAUAUUUUGAACAUUGUCCAGACUUUAUUAUGAUUUUUAUUCAAUAUAUUUUCACCGAUAUUAAGCAUACUGCUAGUACAAAUAAUUUAAUUGGUGAUGUCUGUGAAUCAUGGAAUUUAUUGAGAAACGAAUUAAUAACUGUGACACGAGAAAGAAAGUUUGAAAGAACUAUGCAUAUUUUGCGAACUUCGCAUAUUUUACAGUCUUGGUUGAAGGAAUUAAAGUUGCAAUUUAAUUUGUACACGACUGAUUUAGAUGAUGUUUUAAAGAUACUUUUGGAAACCAUAAAUUCUGGACAAUACCAGCAAAAGAAAAAUAUUUUUGAAUGUUUCAUUUAUAUGAUGGCGCACGAUGAAUCAAAUAAAGAUUUAAUUCAAAAACUUUUAAUUUUACCAUUUACUCAGCAUAUUGAAAUUCCUCAAGGAAUAAUAAAUAAUCAUGUGAAAGAAGCUGCUAGAUCUCUUGAUAUUGCAACAAUGUUAAAGUGCCUUGAAGUUCUUUGCGAAUUUGGUAAUGGAAUGGAGCGACUUAAAUUGUUAAAUACUUGCAUAUUAAAUUCUAAAACUGAAUUAGCUGUGGGAGCACUACUGAGUAGCGUUCUACUUCUGAAGAACAAUCAAAUAAAAUUGGUCGAUAUGUCAAAAUAUAUUCUUCAAACUGCAUUAAAUUCAAAAGAAGAAAAAGUUCAUGAAGUGCUAGUGAUUGUGUUGGGAAAAAUCAGUUGUUAUUUGUCAGGACAUGCAGACUUUAUAAGAGAAUUAAAUAAUACAAAGUGGACGAUACACUGCAAAUGUUGUACAGACAGUUGUGCAAGUAAUUCUAAUGUAUAUCAUGUCUCUGAAGAAUACGAUUACCUCCUCAGCCAAUGUUUUAGUUUGUUAUCUUCAAAAUGCGUAUCAGUGCGUUUACGUAUUUCUGAAAAUAUUCUCUCUUUUUCGAAUCACAUAAAAUCGUUUAAUGACAAUGAAAUAGCAAAAAUAUGGUGUUCGUACAUAGAAGAUGAAAAUUCUGUGAUUCGUUCUAAUAUUGCUGAAGCAAUAAAAGAAAUAUUAAACAAUAAAAUAAAUAUUGUGGCAAAAUCUCUGGCAUACGUAGAAAAUGAUGUACCUACCUUUUUAGAUGAAUUUGUAGAUUUACUAAUUAAUACUAUAGCAAGUGCUCUUAUGAAAGCUCUAAAAAAUUCCAAUCAUGCUUUACACGAUACUUUGCUUAUUACAGCUAGAAACUGUACAAGUAUUCCAUUAUACAUAAUGGAGAGACCAAUUUUGAAUAUAUUUCUCAUUUCUAUAUUAUAUUCAACAUCAUCUCCAGCAGCAGUAGCGUACGCUACAACCGCGUAUCACGACUUUGCUAAAUUCUUAAAUGUUUCUCCUAAAGCAUUAUACGUUCGGUAUAAGAAAGACUUUAUUAAGCUCAUAAUGCAGUGUGCAGUCCAAAAUUUUAUAAAUUGUUCCUACAACAUGGCCACAUCGAUACACCGUGUUGCAAAGUGUAUUGGAUACGAGGGUUCGCGUCAAUUGUUGCGUAAAGAUGGCCAUUAUGCAAUCUGUUUCUUGCUUUCCUUCAUUGUUAAUAUGCCGAAUGCAAAAGCUCUUUUGAGUGAUAUAGCUGAAUUGAUCAGUAUGGAUGAGAAACAAAUGUUGAAAGAAUAUUUUCCUUAUAUUUGCAGUUACGCAUUUCUAAACAUGCCUCUAGCAGCUGCUAUAGAAUGUUUACGAUUAGUCUCCAAACUUGCUCACACGAAUUUAUCGCUUCUGACAAGACAAUCAUUUAUGGAUAUUUUUGAAGAGCUGAUGUUAUAUUUUCACGAAUCUCCGGAAAAGAUAGUUGGGUUAUUAAAAAUUAUAUCCGACUACGAUACUACUACAGAAAAAAAUUUUAUUACAAGAAAAGGAAUUAAAUCUUAUUUGAAUUUACGAUUGCACGGUAUAUUAGUUAACUUUGAUAUAAAACUUGGAUCUAAAUCGGAUGAACAUACACAGCAAUCUGCGCUUGCUUCGUUAGCUGCAUUAAUGCGAUAUAUGGGAGCAGAGUAUUUAACACCGUUAAGGUAUAAAAUUCUAGCAACGUUACGAACGUCGCUUGGGUUUAAAAGGCCAGGAUUUGGACUUCUCGUAUGCGAUGCAUGGAAUGCAUUUAUUCAUAACAUAGCUAUCGCAGAACUUGGGCCUUUAUUGCCUACUAUAUGCGUAUCAUUGAUAACAUUAUUAAAAAUAUAUCCAGAAAAAGUGAUUGCAAUGUUAAAGUUCCUUAUCAUCGAGUGCAAUGAAGAAAAUUCUAAUCACAUUGCAGAAUUGUUUUUUAUAGACGACAUAGACGUUCCUGGUGACAUUUCAAAUAUAAUUAAAGCGCGAAUUUUGCAGGCCAGGCCCAAAGGUUUCGAAGCAAAUUUAAAGUUGUGGCUUAAACGAGUUACUCAUGAAACGGAUGAAGUACGAAUUAGGGCUCUGAUAUAUUUGCAAAAAUUUCUGGCAGAACACCGAAGCCAACUGAACGAAAUGAUUCUAAGCGAAACAGAUAUCCAUCCACUGAUCGUUGAUCUACUGGAUACGUUAUUAAUUGGAUGUCACCAUACAGAUGAAUGUAUCCGUUUAUUGUAUGGAGAAUGUUUAGGAGAAUUGGGUGCUAUCGAGCCAAGUCUUCUACCCCGGAGAAUUAUUGCCCGAG